AUGUCAAAUACUGCUAAUAAGAACGUCCCUGCUCCUAAAUUGAAGAAAGAAAUUUAAAAUUAAUCAACAACAAAGCUCACAUCUUCAACCCUUAAGAAACAACCGUAUUAUAUAAUUUAAUUUAAGAGUCUCAUAAAUCUAAAAAGCAAGCGAGCCACCUUAAAAGAAAACUGCAAACACUGACUCAUUGCUUGAAAAAACUUCAGAAUCAGCAUAGGCUGCAAAAUCAACUAAAGUUGUUCGAACUACAACAAAAUCAAUCACUACAAAAAUAGAUGAUGGAAAGAUUAAACAACAAUCUGAAUUAACAAUUAAAUAAGAUUCAACUUUGAAUAAGAAUUCAAAAAAAUAAACUUUAAAACCUGGAAAAUAGUAAGAAAAACAAAAAGCGGAACAAUAAAAAGAUUAAAGACAACCUAAGGGCCCAGAAGGAGUAAAAUAUCAAGAUGAGACAAAUUCUUAGGCAUCAAAUCAAUUUGAUUAAACAUAAGAUAUUAAUAACUCGAUAAUAGAUUAAGAAUAAAUUGAAGAGAAUUUGAACUAAGAAACUAUGGAAGUCAAUAAUUAGGAUAGUUUUUUAAAUGAAGAAUAAUUUGAAUAAGGAAAUUAAAAUAUUUUAUCACAAAAAGAAAAUAUAAAUUAAUCAAUAAAUCUUGAUUGUGAAGGAGAUAAUUUAUAGUCUGUUAAAUUAGAUGAUGCAAAUAUAGAUGAUAGUAAAUCACCAUACAAAGAAGUAAAUUUGAUUGAAUAUGAUGAUAAUGAUUCGAAAAAUAUAGAAUAAGAUUUAAAUAUGUUAGAAAAAUAGGAUGGUUAAGAGGAAAAACUAACUUAUAAUUAUGAAUAAUCAAAAAAAAGUCUAUAAGAAAAUAUAAAUAUAAUCGAGUAGUAAAUGACGUAAAAUGUAGAUGUAUAAACAAGCACUAAAUAUUAUUAAUAAAUAAAUAAUUAAUAAGAUGGAGAAAACAAAUAAGAAAAUGAAACCAAUCAUUAAGAUUAAUAAUAAAUUUAAGAAGAUUAACAAUCAAAUAACUUACAAUCUUAAUAAUAAACAGAAGAUCAUCAAGAAAUUAAAUAAUAAGAUGGAGAAUACAAAUAAGAAAAUGAAACAAAUCAUUAAGAUUAAUAAUAAGUUUAAGAAGAUUAACAAUCAAAUAACUUACAAUCUUAAUAAUAAACAGAAGAUCAUCAAGAAAUUAAUUAAUAAGAUGGAGAAUAAUAAGAAAAGGAAACCAAUUAUUAAGAUUAAUAAUAAAUUUAAGAAGAUUAACAAUCAAAUAACUUACAAUCUUAAUAAUAAACAGAAGUUCAUCAAGAAAAUAAUUAAUUAGAUGGAGGAUAAACACUUGAAAAUGAAACUAAUCAUUAAUAAAUUUAAGAAGAUUAACAAUCAAAUAACUUACAAUCUUAAUAAUAAACAGAAGAUCAUCAAGAAAUUAAUUAAUUAGAUGGAGGAUAUACACUUGAAAAUGAAACUAAUCAUUAAGAUUAAUAAUAAAUUUAAGAAGAUUAACAAUCAAAUAAUUUACAAUCUUAAUAAUAAACAGAAGUUCAUCAAGAAAAUAAUUAAUUAGAUGGAGGAUAUACACUUGAAAAUGAAACUAAUCAUUAAGAUUAAUAAUAAAUUUAAGAAGAUUAACAAUCAAAUAAUUUACAAUCUUAAUAAUAAACAGAAGUUCAUCAAGAAAAUAAUUAAUUAGAUGGAGGAUAUACACUUGAAAAUGAAACAAAUCAUUAAGAUUAAUAAUAAAUUUAAGAAGAUUAACAAUCAAAUAAUUUACAAUCUUAAUAAUAAACAGAAGUUCAUCAAGAAAAUAAUUAAUUAGAUGGAGGAUAUACACUUGAAAAUGAAACAAAUCAUUAAGAUUAAUAAUAAAUUUAAGAAGAUUAACAAUCAAAUAAUUUACAAUCUUAAUAAUAAACAGAAGUUCAUCAAGAAAAUAAUUAAUUAGAUGGAGGAUAUACACUUGAAAAUGAAACUAAUCAUUAAGAUUAAUAAUAAAUUUAAGAAGAUUAACAAUCAAAUAAUUUACAAUCUUAAUAAUAAACAGAAGUUCAUCAAGAAAAUAAUUAAUUAGAUGGAGGAUAUACACUUGAAAAUGAAACAAAUCAUUAAGAUUAAUAAUAAAUUUAAGAAGAUUAACAAUCAAAUAAUUUACAAUCUUAAUAAUAAACAGAAGUUCAUCAAGAAAAUAAUUAAUUAGAUGGAGGAUAUACACUUGAAAAUGAAACAAAUCAUUAAGAUUAAUAAUAAAUUUAAGAAGAUUAACAAUCAAAUAAUUUACAAUCUUAAUAAUAAACAGAAGUUCAUCAAGAAAAUAAUUAAUUAGAUGGAGGAUAUACACUUGAAAAUGAAACAAAUCAUUAAGAUUAAUAAUAAAUUUAAGAAGAUUAACAAUCAAAUAAUUUACAAUCUUAAUAAUAAACAGAAGUUCAUCAAGAAAAUAAUUAAUUAGAUGGAGGAUAUACACUUGAAAAUGAAACAAAUCAUUAAGAUUAAUAAUAAAUUUAAGAAGAUUAACAAUCAAAUAAUUUACAAUCUUAAUAAUAAACAGAAGUUCAUCAAGAAAAUAAUUAAUUAGAUGGAGGAUAUACACUUGAAAAUGAAACAAAUCAUUAAGAUUAAUAAUAAAUUUAAGAAGAUUAACAAUCAAAUAAUUUACAAUCUUAAUAAUAAACAGAAGUUCAUCAAGAAAAUAAUUAAUUAGAUGGAGGAUAUACACUUGAAAAUGAAACAAAUCAUUAAGAUUAAUAAUAAAUUUAAGAAGAUUAACAAUCAAAUAAUUUACAAUCUUAAUAAUAAACAGAAGUUCAUCAAGAAAAUAAUUAAUUAGAUGGAGGAUAUACACUUGAAAAUGAAACAAAUCAUUAAGAUUAAUAAUAAAUUUAAGAAGAUUAACAAUCAAAUAAUUUACAAUCUUAAUAAUAAACAGAAGUUCAUCAAGAAAAUAAUUAAUUAGAUGGAGGAUAUACACUUGAAAAUGAAACAAAUCAUUAAGAUUAAUAAUAAAUUUAAGAAGAUUAACAAUCAAAUAAUUUACAAUCUUAAUAAUAAACAGAAGUUCAUCAAGAAAAUAAUUAAUAAGAUGGAGAAUACAAAUAAGAAAAUGAAACUACUCAUUAAGAUUAAUAAUAAAUUUAAGAAGAUUAACAAUCAAAUAAUUUACAAUCUUAAUAAUAAACAGAAGUUCAUCAAGAAAAUAAUUAAUUAGAUGGAGAAUAAUAAGAAAAUGAAACAAAUCAUUAAGAUUAAUAAUAAAUUUAAGAUGAUUAACAAUCAAAUAAUUUACAAUCUUAUUAAUAAGCACAAGUUUAUCAUGAAAAUAUUCAAUUAAAUGGAGAAAAUAAACUUGCAAAUGAUGUCAAUCAUUAAGAAUAAUAAUAUAUUUAUGAUAAUUAACCAUCAAAUAACUAACAAUAUAAAUAAUAAACAGCUUAUGUUUUACAACUUGGAAAAUAAUAACCUCAAUAAUAAUAUAUUUAAUAAUAAAAGGAUUAGACAACAUUUACUUAUUAUUAAUAGUAGUAGUAAGAUUAUAAUAAUUUCUUACAUAUCUAAUAAAAUAAAUAAUCUAUUUAGGACGAUAAAACUCAAAAAUUAACUACUGUUUCUAUCAAUUCUAAUUAAGUUCAAUAAUCUACGAACUAAAACGCUAUUGAUAAUUUUCCUUUAUCCUAUAAUACAUCAAAUCUAGAAUUGAAAUAAAACGACUCAAAUAAAACCUGUGUUUUUAUUUCAACUUAAUCUACAAAUAAGGAUCAAAGCAAUCCUUCAAAAACAUUAGAAAAAAAUCAUCAUAAUUUAAAUAUUUCUUAAGAAGAUCCUAGCUUAUAAAAUACUAAAGAAAUAUAAUUUAAUGAUAACCCAAAUUAUAAACCAGGUCAAAAUAGCAACAGAUUUGAAAAAUACAAUGAAAUUGAAGACUAAAAUUAAACUCAAGAUAUGAUUGAAUAAAGCUAAUUUUUAUAGGAUGAUAAAACAGAUUUAUUAUAUAAAAACUAAAACUUAGUAAAUGAUUAGAUUACAGAUUAUAAUCUAACAUAAGUUGAAGAAAAUACUAAUGAACAAUAUCAAUAAAAGGAUAAGAAAAUUUAAAAUACCCUACAAGUUAAACAAGAUGAUUAUAUAGUCGAUAUUAAAUAAGGCAAUCAGACACCAUCCAAUAAUGUUCAAGAGAAAAAGCAAUAAAAAAAAAAAACAUUAAUUUGUAAAUGUUGCUAAUUAAUUUGA